AUGGUCGGCCCGCGUGCUGCUCGCGGGUGUGCUCUGGUGCCAGCUGCAGGCCGGGCCUGCACGCUGCGCGCGGGUUCACUCCAGCGCAAGCAGCGGGCCAGGCCCGGGCGCUACGGCCGGGUUACCGCCUGCGCUCGCAGUGGGCUGGGCCCGCGCAGGUGCGUCCCACUCUCGCAGCGAGCAGGGCCCACGCGAUGCGCGUGGAUGCGGCCCGCUUCAGCAGCGGGCCGGGCCAGCGUGGUUCGGGCUCGUGCGUGCCCAGGCCCGAAGCAGGCCGGGCCUGCAUGGUGCACGUGGGUGCGCCCCGCUUCUGCAGCGGGCUGGGCGAGCGCGCAAGGCCCCUGCUCUCUUCAACUAGAAAGCCCAGCCCAAAUACAAAAAAAUCUGAUCUCCCUGCUCCAACCCCCUCGCAUCCUCUUCUCCCUUCGCUCAAACCCCAUCGCAUCCUCUUCUCCCUUCGCUCAAACCCCCUCGCUCUCCUCCUCCUCCUCCGCGGCGGCAACCGAUGAGCUAGGGUUCCGGCGGUCGGAGUUCGGCCGCGAGGAUCUCGCGGGGACCGUCGCCGGAGGAGUAAGCGCCAAACGUCGAGGCGACGACGGUGGUGGGGAAGCAGGAGUCCGGCGACCUGGUUGUGCUCGCGGCGGCGUCGAAGGCGUGGAAGGGGUAGACGGAGAAGAAGGUGAUGGGUUACACUCCUCAAUUUCAGUACACAUAGCUUCAUACUAUCUCCUUGAUGAAUCCAGUAAUCUGUUGGGUCAUAAUCUUGAAUUAUUGUGUGAUCGUGUGCUGAAGUAUCCUGAUCGUGUCAGAAAUCUCUACUUCACCUUCCUCUUCUUUCUUCGAGCAGUGACAAAGGGAGUUAGCCUACUACGCACUACUUGUGGAACACCAAACUAUGUGGCACCUGAGGUUUCAGCAUCUAGCGCUCGUAAUAUUCAUCCACAACCUCAUUGCCCUUCAGUGGGUGAGGAUCGGCAUACUUGUGGACAUUGCCGAGUGCACAACGGGGAUCGAGCAGCGGUGGAGGCGAGGAGGGUAGAGAGGCUGCUCCAAGGGUUUGAGGAGGAGAAAGAGGAUCGAAGGGGGAGCGAUGCGAGCUCAGAUCUCUUCGAGUUGGAAACCCUAAUCGCCAUUGGAGGAGUCGGAGGAGGAGGAUUUGGGGACGAGCUCUCGGUGUACGAGACCACAACGACAAAGCGCGAGCCAUCCUCUACGGGAGAGGCUAGGGAUCGCUGCAAGGGAGUCGCGUCUAGCUAAACGUAGCGUGUAGUCCUGAUAGGUGAUCACCUCGCUAUUUUGAGUUGCUGACGAGGUUACCCAUACAUAGAGAGACUACCAUUGUAUUUAGUUCUUGUAAGGUGACAUGUGUGAUGUAUAUAGUGGUUUAGAGUGAUGUAUUUACAGCUUUUGGGUUUCUAUCUCUUGUUGAUUUGUCUGGGAUUUGUACUUAUUUUUCUCCUGUUAGUAGUACUAUUAGUUUA